AUGUCUAUCAUGCGAUCGAUGACCUCGCGGCUGCGAAAGCAGAACGGCGAUGGUGGAGUUCGCAAAGCCUUAAGGCAACUUCAACCUGUGGAAUCGAUGAAGAAUCUGGAGGAGGAAACAGCAGGGGACUACCAACGACGAGAGUUCUACCCUGUUCUGAUUGGCAUGACCUUGCAAAGCCGAUAUGAAGUGCUCGCAAAACUUGGCUGGGGAAGUGGCUCGACAGUCUGGUUCUGCAAAGAUCAAUUAACAAAACGCUACGUAGCAGUGAAGGUAUGCACAGUCCAACUUGCUGCCGAUGGAAGUCGACACGUUCAGCAACGAUUGGAAUGGAAGGCCUACAGCCGGCUCUCCGGCAUGGAAACCACUCACGAAGGCGUGCGGUUCAUCCGUGAAAUUCUGGAACGAUUCGACUUGAUGGGACCUUCAGGAGCAGAACACCCAUGCUUUGUUUUCGAUGUUGCUGGUUUGCAUCUGCAAGAUCUGGAAAGAAUCUACCCAGGUAGUCGACUGCCGAUCAACCUGACCAAAGAUGUUCUUAAGAACAUUCUCAAAGCCAUGGACUUCUUACACACUGAGGCUGGAAUCGUACACACUGAUAUCAAGAAGGACAACAUCUUCUUCCCAGCGAGCCAACGAUGCUGUGCUCUGUUCGCUGAACGAUUGGCAAGACAGAAACCGGCUGGUAAGCACGAUGGGCAGAGCAAUAACAUCGUCUACAAGUCGGUCAAGUUUACGGAUCUGCUCUCGAGUCAGGAGAUGUCUCUCGGACGACCAGUAUUGGGCGACUUCAGCGAAGCACAAAUCAUCAAAGACGGUCGAUACGGACUUCCACCACGACUUGUGGGACCUGAGCCUUUCCGAUCUCCAGAAUCGAUCGUAGGCAUGCCACUGAAUACUGGUCUGGACCUCUGGGCUUUCAGCCAAAUGGCUUUCUCGAUGAUGUCUCAUCGCUUGCUCUUGACAGUCUAUGAUAGCGAUGGAGAUUGGUCACCGACUAUGCAACUCGCGCAAAUGCAGGCACUAAUGGGCCCACCUCCAAGAGUGAUACUGGUGCAGAGCAGGUACGCUCUAAACUACUGGAAUGACGAUGGGAGCUGGAAACACAGCAAUCGCCGAGGACCAUCAGACUUCGACAACGAGCUCGACACCGCGCUCGAGACGGCUGACUCUGCCGCCCAUGGCUACCUCAUCGAGUUCCUCCGAUGCAUCUUCAAAUGGCUGCCAGAAGAGCGUGCUACAGCUUCGAAGCUCCUGCAUCAUCGUUUCCUGGACGCGGCGUACGUGGACGAUGUACCCUUUGAGCAGCCAGCCGCGGCGCCCGCUGUUCAGGAGCACCGGUAUCAGCAUCAGCCUCAGACUCGGCCUCAGCACAAUCGACAGCAGUCUUUCCAGCAGGAUCCUGAGAAGCUGGACCGGAAUGUUGACCGGAGACCUCAGACUGCUUCAGCGGCAGGCAAGCCGAGCAUGGAUGUUGCGUGCCAGGAGUUGAAGCAGAUGAAGAGGAAGCAGAGUGUGCUCAGGCGGGCGUUCAUGGGCUAA